GCGUAACGGGCGGGCACCCAGCUUCCCCAGCCCGGCCGCGGCCCGCGGGGUGCCGGCCUUUCGGAGCCUGGGGCGGGCGGGUAGGGACGGGCCGGGAUGCGAGCGGCGGCCCGGUGAAGCGGGGCCGCGGCGGGGGAAGGAGAGGGGAGCCCCCUCGGCGGCGGGCCUGCGCUGGCCGCCGUGCCCCGGGCCGCAGCGGAGAGGGGCCGGCGAGAGAAGCCGGGCUGCGCAGCGGCGCCCCGGCGCCUCCUCCUCCCCGCCCGCCCUGCGUUUCCCCCUGCGGAGCCGCUCCCUCGCCGCCUCCCUUCCCCCGGCUCCAUCCCUCCCCGGUUCAUGAGGCGCUCCCCUCCCCGCUGCUGACCCCGCGGACCCCGGCCUGGAUGUAGGAUGAGCUCGGAGGGGGCGAGGCCGCUCCGCUCCCCGAGGAGGAUCUAGCUCGGGCGUGAGGCGCCGCCAAAGGGUGGGGGGCACCGACGCGACGCCGCCCCCCGCCAGCCACCUCGUCCUUCAUGGUGGCUCCCUGCGACCACCAUCUCGGAGCAGACGCGCAGCCCGGCCCUGGGGGCCCGUGUGUGUCUGUACGCGCCGCCGUCGCGGCCGCCCGAGUGAAGUAAAAUGUCCACUCGGACUCCAUUGCCCACGGUGAACGAGCGCGACACCGAGAACUCAAAAGACAUAUUUUUGUUGAUGCAAGCGGACAAUUCCUGUUGGCUACAUGUCUCAGGUGACUCAAGUCAAAGGAAUUCUAAGAGUGGAGGCAUUUGUCUCUCCAGAUCUCCCUUUCAUAUGAUAUGUAAGUAGCAUGUGUCUGCAACUUCCUGUUCUCAGACAAAUAAUGCAGCCUAAUGGAUGUCAGCCAGAUCAAAAAUGGAGGUCACUUUUUUAGGCUUAUGGCACAUCAAAGUUAGCUCAGCUUAGUGUGGAGAUUUGCAGCUAAAAAUCUUUAGUACAUAUGAUGAAUAGAUGCUUAGUGCUCUUAAAAUGCAAACCUGAAAGGUACUGAGUACACCUGUGAUAACACUUAAAUCAGUCUCCUGGAUGAAACCCUUGGGUUAAGAAUUCUUGGCCGUAAAGCAGCAACUUGCUGAGCUCUAUGUAUGUGAAUAUAUGUACACAUACAAACAAAAAUUAACUUUGGAAUAAAAUUUGUUCCUGCAGGGUUAAAGCCUAAACAAACUUCUCUAUCUUCAAGCUCAAUGUGGUCUUUGAAAACCAACUGUGAGGGUUGGGGUUUUUUUUUUUGUUUAGCAUGUAAUUACUGACAGUGAUGAUUCUGGAAACAACUUAGUUGGCAGUAUUGUUGAUGAAGAAUAGAAUAUGGUUGGCUCUUCAGCUUAUUAUUCCUCAGGCUGAUGUCAAUAAAUAUCCAUUUCAAUCAGCAGUAAAGAAACUUUGGCUGGGAAGAUACGAUGAAUGUCAGAUCUUGAUAAUGUGAAGCAACAAAAGAGCUUUUAAAAAGCUUUUCUAACUGACACCAGACUUAUCUUUUUGAUUAUAUAAGCAGGAUUUCUUCAAUGUUGUGUUGUUCAAUGGUAAUCAUGGAAUUACAGAUUCACUCUCUUUCAUAGAGUAUGAACCAAAUGAUGUCAAAUACAUCAGCAGAGGCUGUAGUGGUUAUACAUGGUUAUACUCUCCUGAGCCAGACCCUGUGUGUCUUGAAAAGGAGAGCAUCCAUCCUUCAGUGAAGCCUGGUAGUGCUUUGCUAUCGACUCUGUCACACUCUGAUCUUCAGGGCAGUGGUGCAGUUGUCACUGGCUCUUCCCACUCGUGUGAGGCCAGAAUUGUGAGUGUGCACUGUUGCUUUGGGUAGCAAUGCUCCUUCUGCCAAGCAAAAGUUUUCCGUAUGUCAGACCCCUACACCGUCUGCCUCCAUCAGGCUGCUCAGUGGAAGGGUUGCAUUGCUGUGCUUUGAGCUGUAGCUGCCUUGUCCUGACUACUGUUCCUGGUUUUUCCCUUUAUUUCACCCUCCCCGCUGAGGUUAGGGAGAAUUGGGAAUGUGUGUCAAGAGGUAUAGCCUGUGUGUGCUAAAGACUGUAUUUACUCUCCAGGUUCUCCUUUUAAACUGGUUGUUUGACAAAUAUGACCUAAUUAAACUAGCCACUCGUUUUCAUGAAGUGUCAUACCACUUAAAUGAGUGAGUACUAUGAUAGGCUGAGAAUUGUGCAGUGGGUUCUUCACCUUUUGACAAUGGAAGCAUCACAUUAGUUUUCUCUACUUUACCAGCUAUAAUGUAUUUCAAGGAGGUUUAUUUGUCUCCCUUGCUGAGUUCUGACUCUUUCAGUUGUUCCACUCGAUCAUAGCAUCCAUAAUGGUAGGGCCGUAGCACACUUUAGUGAAUAAAUCUGCCUUCAUGGAUUGAUAACUUUAAUGCCACAUUGGAUAUCAUUUUCCUUUGUAGGACAGCGUUUAAAAUUUCAUGAGAUGGAAACCAUGACUGUUCACCCUUAGGAUGGAUUAUGUAGCAAGCUAGGCUGAAAACUGCCUUUUAAUUAUAUGUGCUGGAACCAGAGAAUUGGUUAUGCAAACAUCGGCACGGUCAUACUGGGUCUGACAAAUCCACCUUGCUCCAUGUCCUGAUUUGUGCUUUGGCCAGUGGUAGGAGGGAAGUAAAAUCAGGACACGUACAGAGCAUCUUCACCUGAUGUCUCCCUAUUCUGUAAUACAGGGAAAUAAUAUAUUAUAAUAUAUGAUGAGUUAAGGAUUCCCAGAGCAGUAACUGUCAUAUGGCCAGUUGUGGCUGAGUGUUUGCUGUGACACCUCUUGGUGUUUGCCAGAAAUCUAAGUCUGUGUUUGGACUUUCCAGUAAAUUCCUUCAUCAGCAGUCGCAGGAUGCCCUGCUGUGCUGUUUCAUGGAUAUAUCUGCACAAUAAGACGCUACCUCUGUGAAUAUCCUUGGGGCUAACCUUUAUUCUCUUGCCCUAAGUAAUACUCAGCAGUCCCUAUCUUCCUAAAGAUGUUAAUGAUAAGUGGGAAAUAAAAUGCAACACAUUGUUAGGAAGGGCUGCAGUGAAAUUUGUCUUCACAUGUUUAAUGUAAGAAUUUUUUUUUCUGGGGGGGAGGGGGGGAAGGGUGUUGGUUUUGGUUUUUAAAGCUAUGGUAUAUUUCCUGGUAAGUUUUUCUAUAAAUUAGGCUGCUGGUGGGGAGUGCAUAGCCAGAAAUUACCAUGUCUUCUUUACACAUUGUGUGCCCAAGUUAGGGUAAUGAAGCAAUUUAGUGUCUCAAAUAUUCAUCAUGUCCUGGAAUGUUUAAAUUAUUAAUAUUGUAAGGGAUAGGCUCUAAGUACAAUUUUUUCUUAUUAUAAUUAAAAAUGCCGAGAUGAAUGAGGCCAUCACAGUUGUUACUGGUCUGACAGCUUUCCAAGAAAUUUUAUAAUACCACUUUGUAGUAUUUCAUACAAAGAUGAGCUAACAGCCAAGGUAAUAAACAUUCCUAGAGACUUUUGUAAGAUUACAUUUUAUUAGUUCAUUUAGCUGGUGAGAAGGUAGUUUUCACUACUGUGUAUAGAUUAAAUGCUUUAAACGUUGAUACUGUUUAUCCUCCCUGUUUUAGAAAGAAAGCUUCCUACUUACUGUAAAUAAACAUGGAUUUUUGCAGGUCUUGAGCAUUCUAAUUUCUUAAUGUUUUUCAGCUCUUCAAAUGGAUAUCAGAUUCUGUCUCUUCCAGGUUUUUCUCAGCUAUUGGCACCUUCUUAAGCAGUAUAAGAACUUUGAUGCAAGUCAUCUGCCCUGUGUGUUUCCAAUGCUCUGAAUGUUAAGAUAUCUCUAAUCAUACAGAUACUGGAUAAAGCUAACAUCUACCAAAAAGAUUUUGUUGUUGCCACCUUCAUACUUCAUUUGCUUUUUACUUUCUUUUCUUUUCUUUUUUCUUUCUCUUCAUGCUAAUCAUUCUCUGGCUAUGAAAGGAUGUCGGCUCAUCAGUGGGGGAAGGCUUUUGCGAAAAGCACACGUCCCAUGGAGACGGACGGCAGGAAGUUUCCUCUCGGACUGGGCGCUCUGGAGCUCGCUGCAGGAACUCUAUAGCUUCCUGCACAGAUGAGCAGCCACAUAUUGGAAAUUACAGACUCCUUAAAACGAUUGGAAAGGGGAAUUUUGCAAAAGUAAAACUGGCAAGGCACAUCCUAACUGGCAGAGAGGUUGCCAUAAAAAUAAUUGACAAAACGCAGUUGAACCCAACUAGUCUACAAAAGCUCUUCAGAGAAGUAAGAAUAAUGAAGAUCUUAAAUCAUCCAAAUAUAGUGAAGCUGUUUGAAGUCAUUGAAACUGACAAAACUCUCUAUUUAAUAAUGGAAUAUGCAAGUGGGGGGGAAGUGUUUGACUAUCUGGUUGCACAUGGAAGAAUGAAGGAAAAGGAGGCUAGAGCUAAAUUUAGACAGAUAGUAUCUGCAGUGCAGUAUUGCCAUCAAAAGCAUAUUGUUCAUAGAGAUCUCAAGGCUGAGAAUCUAUUGCUAGAUGCAGAUAUGAACAUUAAAAUAGCAGACUUUGGUUUUAGCAAUGAGUUUACAGUUGGAAAUAAACUGGACACCUUUUGUGGCAGCCCACCAUAUGCUGCUCCAGAGCUCUUUCAAGGGAAGAAAUAUGAUGGACCUGAAGUAGAUGUUUGGAGUUUAGGUGUUAUUCUUUAUACUCUUGUGAGUGGAUCUCUUCCUUUCGAUGGACAGAACUUAAAGGAACUUCGAGAAAGAGUGCUCAGGGGAAAGUACAGGAUUCCUUUCUACAUGUCCACAGACUGUGAAAACCUCCUCAAACGUUUCCUGGUGCUAAACCCAACAAAAAGAGGCACUCUAGAGCAAAUCAUGAAGGACAGGUGGAUCAAUGCAGGGCAUGAGGAGGAUGAGCUUAAACCUUUUUUUGAACCAGAAUUAGACAUCUCGGACCAGAAAAGAAUAGAUAUUAUGGUAGGAAUGGGAUAUUCUCAAGAAGAAAUUCAAGAAUCCCUUAGUAAAAUGAAGUAUGAUGAAAUCACAGCUACAUACUUACUGCUAGGAAGGAAAUCAUUGGAGUUGGAUGCAAGUGAUUCAAGCUCCAGCAGCAAUCUUUCACUUGCCAAAGUUAGGCCAAGUAAUGAUCUUAAUAAUAGCACUGGACAAUCUCCUCAUCACAAAAUUCAGAGAAGCAUAUCUUCUAGCCAGAAACAGCGGCGGUACAGUGAUCAUGCCGGACCGUCCAUCCCCUCAGUAGUGGCAUAUCCCAAAAGAAGCCAGACUAGUACUACAGACAGUGACCUCAAAAAGGAAGGAAUUCAGUCAAGAAAAUCCAGCAGCACUGCGGUUGCAGGAAGAGGAAUUGCACCAGCUAGUCCAAUGCUUGGAAAUGCCAGCAAUCCCAAUAAGGCCGAUAUUCCUGAACGCAAGAAAAGUUCAGCUGUUCCUAGUAAUAAUACUGCCCCCGGAGCAAUGACACGGCGCAACACAUAUGUUUGUAGUGAAAGAACCACUGCUGAUAGGCAUUCAGUGAUACAAAAUGGCAAGAAGAACAGCCUGACAGAAAUGUCCGCUUACGCAGCUAGCCCUGCUUCAGUUUGUACUACAUCCUUCUCCAGUGUUCGGCUGCGACAUCAGAAGUCGAUGUCCAUGUCAGCCUCUGUGCACACGAAGAUGAUGUUGCCUCCAAUAGACAAUGGCGCAGAUAACUUCAGGCCUAUCACUAUUCCCGAUCAAAGAACUCCUGUUGCUUCAACUCACAGCAUUAGCAGCGCAACCACACCUGACCGUAUUCGUUUCCCCAGAGGAACAGCUAGUCGGAGCACUUUCCACGGCCAGCUCAGAGAGCGACGUACUGCUACCUACAACGGACCGCCAGCCUCCCCCAGUCUGUCCCAUGAAGCAACACCACUCUCACAGACUCGAACCAGGGGAUCCACUAAUCUAUUUAGUAAACUAACUUCAAAACUUACAAGAAGAAACAUGUCAUUCAGGUUUAUCAAAAGGCUCCCGACUGAAUAUGAGAGGAACGGGAGAUUUGAGGGCUCAAGCCGCAAUGUAGCUGUGGAUCAGAAGGACGAGAACAAGGAAGCCAAGCCUCGGUCACUGCGUUUUACCUGGAGCAUGAAAACCACCAGCUCCAUGGAUCCUAAUGAAAUUAUGAGGGAAAUACGAAAGGUCCUGGACGCCAAUAAUUGUGACUAUGAACAAAGAGAGCGUUUCUUGCUUUUCUGUGUCCAUGGAGAUGGGCAUGCGGAAAACCUUGUACAGUGGGAGAUGGAGGUGUGUAAACUGCCAAGACUGUCCCUGAAUGGAGUUCGCUUUAAGCGGAUAUCGGGAACAUCCAUAGCUUUCAAAAACAUUGCUUCCAAAAUUGCCAAUGAGUUAAAGCUGUAAUAAGAAAAAUAGUGAAGUUGGAAAUUAGUUAGCAAUUUCAAGUGUUUUUGAGAAUUCCGAUGGAAAUGUAUAGAAUAACAUUUAGGCAAUAACUUCUGCAUCCUUCUGAAUAGCGAUAUUAAAAAAAAAGCUGCUGAGCUGGGAGGGAGAGUUGGACUUUUUUAUAAGUGCACUACAGCAUUAAAGUUGCCUACUAUGUAAAAUAUUACCCCUUCUGCUUUAUUUCCAUUGCUCCUAAGUCUUUGACAACAAACUGAAACACAGAAUAUAUUCAUUUAAAUAUGCCUCCUGUUUGUGUGGAUGUGUGAAUGUACAGUAUGUGUGUAUAAUAUAUAAAGUAUUAUAUGUAAACAAUUCAUUUACAACAUCGAGCUGUACCAGUACCUCUUUUUGGGCUAAUUUUGGUGCUAAAAAUUGAAAUGGCCAAGGAGGAAACACUUGAGAUAAUAUUUAAAAUAACUGAAGCGAUAAGCAGUAAAUGCAGGUUUACAGUUCACUGCUGUGUUAAGAAAAAAAAAGUGUGUGAAGGGUUUGGAUUUACGGUUGUGAACAUUAUUAGUCCUGUUUUCUAAGUAGAUCUCAUGAGAUUAUUAAAAAUUCACUUUUACUGAGUAA